AUGGCAACGAGAUUUUGUGGCGAGCACCCUAAAGAUGUAGCACCUUGGUUCAAUCUUCGCCAUGCCGAGCGCCUUUUUGGCCCGUCAGGCCCGAGUCAACUUCGUGAUCAUGGUAGCAAAAUUCGCAUUACGUGGUCACAUCAUCGGCCAUAUGGCUUCACCGAAACCAAAUUUGCCUCAGCUGGCAAAUCGUCAUCACAUACCCGAUCGGCCAUUCUUCGUCCUACACUCAGAUCGAUCGAUGCCGACCGCCAAGCUUCAGCUUAUAACAAGGGUUACGUUGUUUUUUUCGGCAAUUCCUGUUUCGGCAAUUCCACUGGUGGUGCAAUUGAAAUAACGAAUGUAAAAUACCUGAAGAUGCUCAAGUACCUUAUAGUCCCCAUAAGUCAGGAGCAUGUCUUUUACAGGAAGCCAGGGCCUUCCCGCGGGCAUGACUUUAUCUUCCUAGCUAAUUUUGAUAAGGGUUGA